AUGAUUUCAGCUAACACUAAUGAACAUGCCUAACAAGGAGUUUUAAUUCAUGUUGCUGAUACUGCUGUUGGAUUAAUUUAAUAUGGUAUACCUCCUAUGACAGUUUCAUAAACCCUUAAUAUUUAUAAUUAAGUUCCAACCUACUUUAUACUACCACAAAAAUAGUUUAAUAAAGAAAAUGGACUUCUUUUAGUAGAUUUAGAAUAACCAGUUAGAUACAAUGCCUUAAAAUGCCACAAAAUCACUACAAUUAUAUGUACAGAAGAAGAAGUAGAAGACAUCUAAUGCUACAUAUAAGAGAGUUUCUUAGGGCCUUAAAAUAUUAAAAAAGAAGAACUGAGACAUUAAUUCCAUACUUCAUUUGACUAAGAAGGAAUUCCUUAAUUUGAAAAGGAAUAGCAAUACAUAUAUAAACAUAUAUUAGGAAUUAAAGAUAAUAUUGAUAUCAAUUAUUUUGUAAGAUUUGCCUUUUAUGACAAGGACGGAUGUGUUUCACUUGGUAGAGGCGUUGACAUUGAAAAUAAUGGUAAAAGAGUCACAAUCACGGAAAAUUCAAAAAUAAAAUAAUUAAUUGAAAUUGAGGAAACUGAAAAUUAGAUAUUUUAAUACUUAUUAGAUAUUGAAACACAGCAAGAAUUGUUAAUUCACCAGAGAAUGGUUUAGUAAGUGUAAGUAAUUGAUGAAAAUAGUGAAAGCAAGCUGAAUACUGAAAGUGAUAAAAACAAGCAUGAUUUUAUACCACCUUUAUUCAAUUAUACAGGUUUAUCAUCUCCUUUUGACUCAAGCAAGCCUAGUGGCUUUAUCAUUUGGAUUAAUGGCAGAGCAGGUCUAGUUGAUCCACCUAUAUUUACAACAAAUUAUCUUUAAUCUCACUAUAUUCCUACUAAUAUUAUUGAUUGGGUUAUUUUAACUAAUUGUCAUAGUGAAUGUGAUAUUGGUGUUCUGCAAAGAUUUGUUGAAUCUUCAAGAAUGGAAAUUAUUUCUACACCAACAAUUAUUAACUCGUUCAUAAAUAAAUAUUCAAGAAUAUGUAAAAUUAAUAGUGAAUUAAUGAGAAGAUUAUUUAAAUUUAAGCCAGUUGUUAUUGGUGCAGCAAUCAACUUAAAUGGUUGUGUUAUCCGUUUUCAUUAUAAUUUUCACGUAAUACCAAGCAUAGGCUUUGAAAUAAAUAAUUAGAAUGCAUCAAUUUAUUAUUCUGGCUAUAAUCUCUAUGACCCUAAACUAUUUUCAGCAAUCAGUAAAAAAUAAGUCAUCACAAUGAAAAGAUUCGAACUCCUAGCAAAUACUAAAUUCAUUCAUAACAGAAUUCUUUUUGAUGCUGGAAAUCCAAUAGCUCAUACUUAACUAAGCAUUUUAUAGUAGCUACCUUAGCAGACUCACAAAAAUAUAAGACUCAUUUACACAGAUGAAGAUUGCUUACCUAACGAGUAUAAGUAGUCAUUUUAAAUAUCAUCAAUAGGAUUAUAAUAUACUCAAACAGAAGACCCUGAUUUAAAAGUAAAAAAACAUAAAGCUUUAGAUUAUAUGAUGAAGCUUGAAAUAUUAGCAUAAGUUGAUGUAUUCGAAGGAAUAUCUUUAAAAAAUUUAAGAGACUUAAUUGAUAUUGCAAACGAAGAAUUUUUCACAAAAGGAUAAUACGUAAUAAAAUAAAAUACCCUUGGUAAUAAAUGGUAUAUUAUUUUGAAAGGAUCAGUUAAAGUAUUUUCAGAAAAAAAAAUAUUUGAAGACAGAAUAUUUUCUGUAGGAGAGUAUUUUGGAGAAUCUGCUUUGAUUCUUGAGCAACAACAAGGUUAAUCAUAAAGAAGAAUGGCUAGUGUUUAAGCUCUGAGUGAUUUACAUGUUCUAACUCUAGAAAAGUAAGAUUUUUGGUUUGCUUUUGGAUAAGGAAAAGAAAGUAGUGGACUAAAAAUUCUUCAGAAGUAGCAAAGAUUGCUACAUUCGCGUAUUAAUAAAUCAAUCUAGAUUAUAGAACAUAACUCAUUUUUGAAAGAUUUGAAUGAAACCUAAAAGACUUAGCUUGAAAUGAUACUUAUAAAUCAAGACGCUAAAAAAGAUUAAUUUUUAUGGAGGGUAGGAGAAUAAGCCAAAUUUGGAAUUAUUGUAAAAUCAGGAUAGUUCAAAUUUGUUGACUGUCCUGAAGCUGAUAUAAAUAUGGAUAUUAAAAAAGGAUUUUUUAUUGGGGAAAUAUCUUCAUUAAUAAAUGAAUCUGAAAAUACAACAUCACUUUAGGCUAAUUCUGAUGAUUGUGCAUUCUUUAAAAUAGAUAGACAUGACUUGAUAGGGUUUUUAAGAAGAAAUCCAGGUCUUUUUCUUGCUUUUGGUGAUUCCAAAUAUUUUAUCUGA